AUGGAUACGAAGGAGAAGCUAAAAUGGGCGGCCACGGUGGUCGUGGCCACCGUUUUACCUCUAUAUGUCAUGUACCGCUCCGCCGCUACAACUUCGGCCAAAUAUACGGAGCAACUGGCCUUGCAAGAGGCUGCAGAAAGACGUGAAUGGUUGAGAAUGGCAGCAGUCCAUGAGAAGGCUGAACAGAAGUAUUCGGCCGACCCUGCUGAGAGAGCCAAGGGGGAGGCGGAGUUAGCAAGACCUGGGCAAACGCUGUAG